AAAUGAUAACAACACGGUUCCGUCCUGUCUGCAGCAAUCAGGGUGUGGUUGAUAACUUUGAUAGUCACAGUAAUAAUGCGUUAAUAAUUUAGACUCGAAGUGUGCAUGAGAAAUAUUGACUGUCCAAUUGAAGAUAUGGACGAAGCAAAACAAUCUGCUGAUGCUGGCAAGUUGGUGUGUCAGGAAUGGUACGGCUCCACACCCAGGAAACAUGACUACAUCCUACAGGGCAAGGAGGGGGUGCUGAAGCAGGUUAACACAUCAACUCGACACAGCUCCUUGUCACAAUUGUUUCAGACAAUCUUCCUCCCUCAAGGCUACCCAGAGAGUGUUAGCAGUGACUACUUGAUUUACCAGAUAUGGGACACUGUACAGGCUUUUGCUAGCAGCAUUACUGGAACACUUGCAGCUCAUGCAGUUUUAAAAGGUGUGGGCGUGGGAGAUGAAACCGCAACAGUUAUGGGGGCAACGUUAACGUGGCUGUUGAAAGAUGGCGCUGGCAUGCUGGGACGUAUUCUGUUUGCCUGGUCAAAGGGAAUUGGCCUAGACAGUGAUGCUAAAAGAUGGAGGCUGUUUGCUGAUAUUUUGAAUGAUACUGCGAUAUUUCUAGACAUAAUUUCUCCCUCGUUUGGUCCUUACUUCACCCUCGUGGUCUGCAUCUCUGGUGUUUGCAGGAGUAUUGUUGGCGUGGCUGGUGGCGCCACUAGAGCUUCUUUAACCCAACAUCAGGCUCGCAGAAAUAAUAUGGCAGAUGUUUCUGCUAAAGAUGGAAGCCAGGAAACCCUUGUCAAUCUCGCUGCUCUUCUGUGCAGUCUGGUCCUGAUUCCCAUGGUCAGUGGUCAUCAAAUGGUGAUCUGGUUGCUGUUCCUGGUCUUCACCUGCUUGCAUCUAUUUGCCAACUACAAAGCUGUCACAUCCGUUUGUAUGGAAACAAUUAGCCAGUCUCGUCUACACUUUAUAGCCAAGCACUAUCUGACCAAGGAAGAAGUUUUGGAUGUGAAAACAGCUAACCAUCUUGAACCUGUCUUGUUCCCUGUCAAGCGACCUCUGGCCAUCAAACUAGGUGUGUCUGUUGGUGAUUUAACCAGAAGUAUUUCUUUCCCCUCUCUGAUGGAGGUCUAUGAAAGAAGCAUGACUGGGUAUAUACUAACCAUAGACUACAAACGAAAAUGCAUCGACAUUGCACUGUCUCAGUCAUCUGACACCCUUGACCAGAUCCAGGCCUGUUUUCAUGCUGAGCUCAUUAACUUCAUCAUUGAACAGAACCGCAAAGGACAAGAGCUAAACGCAGAAUUGAAAAAGUUGGGGAAACUUGUGGAGGAGUCACAACUAGCAGGGUCCCAAAAUGAAGAGUUGCUAAAGGCAGUGCUAAAGACCUCCUUGCACUACACAGAGAGUAAUAUCUCCUCCAUUGCAAAAGAGCUGCAUGUCAAAGGAUGGGUCACAGAAGUUGUGUUGCUUGGAGCCAAUGAAUGGAGAGCAUUAUGGGACUAUGAUGAACUGCAAAUGAAAAAGUCAAAUUAAUAUUGAAGUCACGACACUUCAAGAAAACUUAUUUUAAGGACUUUUUUAUUUAAAGUUAAGAGAAAAAAAUCAAAUUGACUUUUUAGAAUUUUAGUGUGGAAAUCUAUUUUAAAGGUAAAUUUAGAGAUUUUAAUCACUAGGUCACACUUGAACCUAGACUACUAGAUCUGACCCAGUUUUAUUCCCAUGCACAGUUAUGAGUACCACCCCCUCCCCUCCACUACUAAUGUAUAAUUUUCUUCACAAAAUUAUGUUGGCUAAUAGCUAAAUCAUUAUUGAACACAAUGAGUUUCAACUGUUACAUAUCCAGUCUUUCUAUCAAACCUACCAAAAAUGUGGUUGUGCUUACCUUUUAUAUUGUCAGGGAAUUCCUCAAAUACCACAGUGUCUUUAUUGUCAUUGAAAUCUGAAAGUGACCAUACAAUGAAGCUCGUUGGUGGCAUUUAGCAGCAAGUUGCCAAAGAAAGAGAUUCCUUUUGUGCCACUAAGAUUAAAGUUGCCCUUGUCAAGCUCUUCACGGCUCUUGUUUUCAUCAAGUGCUCACUGCUUUGUCCAGAUCAGAUCUGAAAAUGUAUGCAUUUAACCAGGUUUCAACUAAGAAUGGUAAUGGCUGGGGUAAGUCACAUACAAAUGUCUGGCUCUCUAAGUGUGAAGACAAAGCAACUUGAAGUUGGCGCCUCCAAGUUAAAAGACCAUUUCACCCUCAUCAAAUUGUCUAUGUAUUACACAGUAGUUCUAGUCUGUCUUUACAACUGAUAUAAUGAGAAUAUUAAUAUUACUAUUUAUUUAAUCUCUAUUUAAACACAUUAUUCUUAAGAACAUCUAUGUAUAAAACCUUUAUUUAAUUGCUACUUUAAUCUACCUUAUGGACAAAGGAAAAUGUUCCUACAUGACCUAUAUCAAUCUACAUAUUCAUCAGAAGUAAAAAUAGUUAGCCUACCUUCAAUACUUUUUAUUAAAUUAAUAACUUGCAUGU